CACUUCCAUAAAGCCAUACCUUUUCUUCUCAUUCCACUGUACUCUUCCAUAUAAAAUUUGGUUUUAGAAGUAGAUUAACAAUUCAUAUAUAUGACAUAUAAAUCAUGAAUCAGCUUUGUCUUUACAUUUCAAUUGUAAACUAUUAUUGUCUGAGCCUCAACACAUAUGUCUAACACUCCUCCACCACACCCCGCCGCCGAAGGAGCCAAUGAAAACCGAACCUUCCCGAGAUAUUGGUGCUACCAAUGUCAUCGAGCGGUUAGGAUCUCAUCUGAUAACCCAUCUAAUCUCAUCUGCCCCCGGUGCUCUGGCCAAUUCCUUAGUGAGAUCGAAGAAUCAAAUCCUUCUCGCAAUAUUUUCGACUUCACUGCAUUUGAUCCUUCCCCUGAAGCUCGAGUUCUAGAAGCACUCACCCUCAUGCUUGAUCCUACCGCCAUUGCACAUUUUCGAACAAUUCGUGGUAAUGAUGGGUCAGAAGAUUUAAAUAGAGUUGGUAGCACAAGUGAUGUGAGAAAUCCAGUCCCCAGACUACUAUUGCCUCUUGGCAGACAACAUAGAGAGGCGGAGGCUGGAAUUCGAAGUCGACUCUGGCCAAGGAGGAGACGAGGUAUGCAGCAAGAGGAUUCAGAGGAUGAUUGGACAGCAGCAAGUGGGAUUCUAGCUCGGCCUAGGCAUUGGAUAAUUAUAAGACCAACAGGAGCAGAUGGUGGACAAGGAGGAUUGGUAGGUGUGAAUCCUCGGGACUACUUUUUUGGGCCAGGACUUGGGGAGCUAAUCGAAGAGAUUACUCAAAACGAUAGGCCUGGUCCGCCUCCAGUGCCUGAUGCAAUUAUUGACACAAUUCCAACAGUGAAAAUCACAACAUCCCACUUGGAAGGUGAUACUUCAGAUGAGUGUCCUAUUUGCAAGGAAAAAUUCAAGGUUGGAGCUGAGGCAAGGGAGCUGCCUUGCAAACACAUUUACCAUUCUGAUUGCAUUGUCCCCUGGUUGAGGCUUCACAAUUCUUGCCCCGUUUGUCGCAAAGAGCUACCACUUCAAAGUAUCGAAGAGGUAGAAGAAGAAGAACAAGAAGAAGAAGAAGAACAAUCUGAAGAAGAGGUGACUAGUAGGAGCCAAAGGUGCAUGAGGUUGAGACGACAACUAGCUUCUUUAUGGCCCUUCCGUUCCAGAUAUCGACGCAUUCAUAACCAUGGCAACGACGCUACUGGCAUAUCUCGACGUGGGACUGAUCGCGAUGCAGCUGAUUCAUGGUGGCAUUCUUGUAAUAUCCUGUAGCCUCUCUAGAGAUUAGAGGGACUAAGAAUAAUGAAGAAUUGAUUCCAGAUGUUCUUAUAA